AUGUCUAAGGCUGUCGGUAUCGAUUUAGGUACAACAUACUCUUGUGUUGCACACUUUUCAAAUGAUCGUGUUGAGAUUAUUGCGAAUGACCAAGGUAAUAGAACUACCCCUUCAUAUGUAGCUUUCACUGACACUGAACGUUUAUUAGGUGAUGCUGCAAAGAAUCAAGCUGCCAUCAACCCUUCCAAUACUGUUUUUGAUGCUAAGCGUUUGAUUGGUAGAAAAUAUGACGACCCUGAAGUGUUGAAUGAUGCAAAGCAUUUCCCAUUUACUAUUGUUAAUAAAGAAGGUAAGCCAAAUAUUCAGGUAGAGUUCAAGGGUGAGUUGAAGACCUUCACGCCUGAAGAAAUAUCGUCUAUGGUUUUGGGUAAGAUGAAGGAAACUGCUGAGCAGUUCUUGGGUACAACUGUGAAGGAUGCUGUUGUGACAGUUCCAGCUUACUUCAAUGACUCUCAAAGACAAGCUACUAAGGAUGCUGGUACCAUCGCAGGGUUGAAUGUUUUGAGAAUUAUUAACGAACCAACCGCUGCGGCCAUUGCAUACGGUUUAGACAAAAAGGGCAAGUCCGAACACAAUGUUUUAAUUUUCGACUUGGGUGGUGGUACUUUUGAUGUCUCUUUGUUGUCUAUUGACGAUGGUAUAUUUGAAGUCAAGGCCACCGCAGGUGAUACUCACUUGGGUGGUGAAGAUUUCGACAACAGAUUGGUUAACCACUUAGCUCAGGAGUUCAAGAGGAAGAACAAGAAGGACUUGAGUUCCAACCAGAGGUCCUUGAGAAGAUUAAGAACAGCUGCCGAGAGAGCUAAGAGAGCACUAUCUUCCUCAUCUCAAACCUCCAUUGAGAUCGACUCUUUGUUUGAGGGUAUUGACUUCUACACUUCUCUAACCAGAGCAAGAUUUGAGGAGUUGUGUUCUGACUUGUUUAGAUCUACCAUGGAUCCUGUUGAGAAGGUUUUGAGAGACGCUAAGUUGGACAAAUCUCAAAUCGAUGAGAUUGUCUUGGUCGGUGGUUCCACAAGAAUUCCAAAGAUCCAGAAGUUGGUUUCCGACUUCUUUAACGGUAAGGAGCCAAACAGAUCUAUCAACCCAGAUGAGGCUGUCGCAUACGGUGCUGCUGUCCAGGCUGCAAUCUUGACUGGUGAUGAAUCUUCAAAGACACAAGACUUGUUGUUGUUGGAUGUUGCACCUUUGUCUUUAGGUAUUGAAACUGCUGGUGGUAUCAUGACCAAGUUAAUCCCAAGAAACUCUACUAUCCCAACCAAGAAAUCAGAGAUUUUCUCAACGUAUGCGGACAAUCAACCUGGUGUUUUAAUUCAAGUCUUCGAGGGUGAGAGAACUAGAACGAAGGACAACAACUUGCUAGGUAAGUUUGAGUUAACAGGCAUUCCUCCAGCCCCAAGAGGUGUUCCUCAAAUUGAGGUCACUUUUGACAUUGACGCUAACGGUAUCUUGAAUGUUUCCGCUGUUGAGAAGGGUACUGGUAAGUCCAACAAGAUUACCAUCACGAACGAUAAGGGUAGAUUGUCUAAGGAAGAGAUAGAAAAGAUGGUUUCUGAAGCUGAGAAGUUCAGAGCUGAGGAUGAGAAGGAGGCUGAGAGAGUGCAAACCAAGAAUUCUUUGGAGGCUUAUGCGUUUAAUUUGAAGAACACCGUUGAAGAAUCAAGCUUCAAGGAAAAGGUCGGUGAAGACGAUUACAAGAAAUUGCAAUCUGCAGCACAAGAAACUAUAAGCUGGUUAGACGCUUCUCAGGCUGCUUCUACGGAAGAGUACAAAGACAAGCAGAAGGAGUUGGAAGAAGUUGCUAACCCAAUCAUGACUAAAUUCUACUCCGCAGGUGGUGCUCCUUCAGGCGCUGCAGCAGGCGGCUUCCCAGGAGGUGCACCUGGUAGUGCUGGUGCAGCACCAGGUGGCGGAGAAUCCGGACCAACUGUUGAAGAAGUUGACUAA